UAAACUACAAAUCGACCCUUUUCUUUUUGUCCAAGCCAAACAGACACACUGACUAAAACCGCACCGAUUACGACACAAAAAUGGAAAUUGAUCCACCGAAGUCAGAAACUGUAAUGAUUAACGACGACGAUCUUUUCAAGUCUGCUGAAAACGGCAACGUUUCUCUUUUCGAAAGCUUAACUCCGCCGCAGCUCCACCGUGCUCUCACUCUCCGUAACGAUGACGGCCGCUCGCUUCUUCAUGUCGCCGUUUCUUCCGGCCGCAUAGAGGUGGUGAAGAUACUUUCAAGUUAUGAUCAAUCAGUUAGUAGCAUUAAUGAUGCCGAUGAGGGAGGUUGGGCGCCGCUGCACUCUGCGGCGAGCAGUGGAAACCUGGAUAUCGUCAAGGUUUUACUAGACAAAGGAGCUGAUGUAAAUUUGAAAAAUGAAGGCGGCCGAAUUGCACUUCACUAUGCUGCCAGCAAGGGUUUGGUCAAAGUUGCUGAACUUCUGCUUUCUAAUGGUGCAAAUAUCAAUUCAAAGGACAAGGUUGGAUGCACCCCGUUGCACCGUGCAGCAAGCACGGGGAAGUAUGAGAUGUGUGAACUUUUGAUUGAGGAAGGUGCAGAUAUUGAUGUUGUGGAUAGAGCUGGACAAACUCCUAUUAUGAGUGCCGUAAUAUGCUACAACAAAGAGGUGGCUCUUUUACUGAUCAGACAUGGGGCAGAUGUUGACAUUGAAGAUAAGGAAGGAUACACUGUGCUUGGUAGAGCAUCGGAUGAGAUAAGACCACUACUAAUAGAUUGUGCCAAGGCCAUGCUUGAAGGAUGAAAAGAGGAACUAUGAAUGCUCUAGUGGUAAGGCACUUCACAUGGUAUCUCUGUUUAUGGUUAGGUACUGUUUUGAUUAAACAUUGGAAUUUUAUGUGUUUUUAACUUUUGAGUUCUCGGCUGGUAUAAAAAAUAUCCAAGUUGAAAUUUUAAAA